UGUAGUUUUAUCCGUUUAAUGUCGGUCAGUCCGUGGAUGAAAGACGUUCCAUAUUAAUUAAAUAACCGCCGGGGAAACGAUACAGGUGAUAAGAUAAGUCGUCAUUAGUAGCAAAAAUUUUGACAAUAAACCGAGGGCUCGAACCUAAAACAAAAAUCAACGAACGGUGCAGGAGAGCGAGAACGGAAGCAUAACUUCCUGAGGGCAGACCGCGACCGUAUCGCACACUCGCAUUUCUCCUGCCGGUCGGCAAGUCCUGCAGUUUUGGCUUUCAGUUUCAGUUUCUUCGGCGUAUCGGUGAGACGCGGGGUCUCUGGUGGUUUGCAGAAUUGCGGGAUUUUGAAAGUGUGGUUUUUAAUGGAAAAGCAAUUUAUUUCAAUAUUCACCAUCACAUAAAAGUGACUAAGUGUAUGAAUUUCAUGUUCUGUACAAUUUGUGAGUUGCAAAUGUGAUAAGGAUUACGAAAUUUUAUGUCUGUUAGGAAAUAGUUUGUUGAUAAGGACGAAAUGGACGCGGACAUUACAGUCAAGGCCAAACUUUCUGGUUAUCUAGAGAAAAAGGGGAAAAUGAAAAUGAUGUCUACGUUUAAAAAAUACUGGUUCGUUCUAGAAGAUCGUCUUCUGUUAUAUUACAGGUCAAAGGAUGAAUACGAUUCAUUGUCACCGUUUAAAGGUUCGAUAAACUUAGGACCUCCAUGCAUUGUUAAACCAUUAACCUCGCAAAAUGGAGUCUUUCAAAUUGAAACUAGACGAUCUACAGUUACACUUAGGGCUGAAAAUCGCGAAGAUCAAAACAGAUGGAUGUUAGCAAUAAUGUCAACUUUAAACCAAAAUAGUAACAGUACAACCAGACUCAGUCAUUUUAGAUACUCUUCUAAGGAUAUUAACUUAAUUGAGUCACAAACUAAGGAUGGAGACAUUAACAGCGAUGCAAGCAGUCCGUUAACUCCGUCAAAAUCACCACCUUCUUCACCGAACAAUCCCAUUUUGGAGAAAUUGCAAAAAUUAGGCGCACAAUCAUAUUUGCACAAAUUUAACGAAUUUAAUUUAAAAUCCACCGAAAGUGAAUUUAAAUUUCCACCAAGGAAAGCUGUAAGCACGGAGAAACUGUAUGGUAAUUGCGUUAUUCUUGAAGGUGAUAAAAAUAUUGAUAACAGCUCCUUCAAGAACAAAAUCAAAUCUUUAAGUAUGGAACGACUUCCUAGCAUUAUCAUAGAAAAUGACCAGUAUAAAAUAAUAGACAACGAUAUAUAUCAAACGGCAACAGCUAACUUUGGAGGUCAUAUCUACGAACAACUUCCAGUUAAUUCGCAAUUAAUGUCAAAAGAUGAUGAAAGUGGGAUACCAAACAUAGACUACAAUAAAAAUGUUAUGCCCACUUACAUUGAAAUACCUGAGAAGUUGGAAGAUGUUCAGAAAUGCGACGAAGAAAAGGAAGACGCUAGUAAGAAAAAGAAAAAAGAGAAACACAAGGAUAAAACCAAAGUAAAAGAAAAAGUCAAGGAAAAAAUCGAAAGGAAGCCAAGUUUAAUAAAUCGAGUAUUCGGUUUAAAGCAUAAGAAGAAGAAAGUAGAAGACGAGGAUAACAUUUACGAAGAAGUGGACGUUCCGUUUAUCAUGCGAAAUGAUAGCGACACGAUCCAAAUAUUACAGCAGCUCCAAGAUAUUUUAGAAGCCAAAAAGAAAAAAUUGAGAACCAAUGUCAACGCCAAUGAUGAACAAGUUGUGAACAACGAAUUAUAUUUAUUAGAAACUGAGAUGAACAAACUAAGAGCUGGAGUGCAGUUGAAUAAUGAGGAAGUUGAAGAAAAUGAUUUGUAUAAUCUACAAUACAAGUUGAAUAAUUUGAAAGUACAUGAUAAUGAACAAGUUGAAUACAAUGAUUUGUACAUAGUUCAAUCCAAACUGAAGAAUUCUAAAGUGGAUAUUAACGAUGAAAAAGUAGAAGUUAGUAAUUUGUACGUCUCAGUUGAUGAAAUUAAAGCCAACUCGGAAAAAAAAUGUGAUUGUCCUCUAGUCCCCCCGAAACACCAAAGAACUGAAUUAGCUUCCCCUUAUCAUGACGUGCCGAAAAACAACCAACCGAUCGAAAAAGUCCUCCUCCCUCCUAAAAAGAAAACAAUCCAACAAACAAGAAGCGUGGACCAAAUAGUGUACGACUUGGAGCAACAACAACAACAGUCCGACGAAUCUGAAGGACAAGGCAAGGUUAAAAAACUUGUGAAACAAUUCAGCACCCCAACUGUUCCACCGGAUGUGGUUUUGAGACCGAAGAUGAGUUAUGAUCCGAUCUCAAACAGAUAUUCCGACGAGUUGACAAUGUUACUAGAACAGUUAACUCAAGUGACAAAUGCUCCGUUAUUAAAUCCUGGGAACACUUCCAGUCUGGUUAAUCCAAAUCUCACUGACGAUGAGCUAUUGAAACUCCUUCCAACUCGUCAAAGAAGAUUAUCAGAACCUGACUAUGACGUUCCAAGGUCCCACAAAUCUUUAGUUAACAUCCCCAAAGACACCAACGAAAAUCCUAUACAAGCUACAAGAUUUUUUGGAGAAGUUCUACCAACAGAACCUUCAGAAUUGCCUUGUAACAGCAUGACCCCAGAUUCACUGGAAGCUGAUUUGGAUUUAAAAUCACAAACUGAACUACCCAUAAAACAACAAUCAUUAGACGACGAUAAAAAUCUUUCUUACUCAUCACAUGAUUAUUACAACGAUCGUAGAGAACUUUUCCUAACAAAAAGACAUAAAAGUGAUUUGGACAAUCGUUACCUUAAAGAAGUAGUUACCGGAAACAGGAACUCUGAUGAUUAUAUUGUCAACAGCGUAAUUUAUGCAAAGCCGAAAAGAAGAAGCGAUAUUUUACUAAACUUUGUACCUGAGAAGGACAUUUUAAAAGAUAAUUAUAAUGUAGACAAUUUGGUUGACUCUCUAGAAAUGGAAAAUGAAGCUGCAACACCAUUUUAAUUGAGAUUUAAGAGUUCUCACGAAUUUCUUACCAGAGCUGCCAUUUUAUUGUUUUGUAAAUUUUUUGUAUUCUUGUAAUAUAUUUUUCUCCUGCCACAGGAAGAAGUAAAUCAAAAAGUUUUAAUGCUUUGUUUCACCAAAGAUUUUGUACCUUAUCAAAAAUAAAAUAUAUAAAUGUUACAUAUUUGAAUAAUGGAAUAAAAGUUUUCACCUGAA